AUGGCUUGCUUUGGAUCCCAGAGGCACGAGGCUCGCCUGGACCUGGCUUCCAGGACCUUGCCCUGCACUGCCCUGUUUUCUCUUCUCUUCAUCCCUGUCUUCUCCAAAGCGAUGCACGUGGCCCAGCCUGCAGUGGUGCUGGCCAGCAGCCGGGGUGUCGCCAGCUUUGUGUGUGAGUACGCGUCUUCAGGCAAAGCCACUGAAGUCCGGGUGACAGUGCUACGGCAAGACAACAGCCAGGUGACUGAAGUCUGCGCUGCGACGUACAUGGUGGAGAAUGAGUUGACCUUCCUCGAUGAUUCCACCUGCGCUGGCACCUCCAGUGGAAACAAAGUGAACCUCACCAUCCAAGGGCUGAGGGCCGCGGACACAGGGCUCUACAUCUGCAAGGUGGAACUCAUGUACCCGCCACCAUACUACAUGGGCAUGGGCAAUGGAACCCAGAUUUAUGUCAUCGAUCCAGAACCAUGCCCAGAUUCUGACUUCCUCCUCUGGAUCCUUGCAGCAGUUAGCUCGGGAUUGUUUUUUUACAGCUUUCUCAUCACAGCUGUUUCUUUGAACAAAAUGCUAAAGAAAAGAAGCCCUCUUACAACAGGGGUCUAUGUGAAAAUGCCCCCAACUGAGCCAGAAUGUGAAAAGCAAUUUCAGCCUUAUUUUAUUCCCAUCAAUUGA